AUGGCAACUAUGGCGGCGUUCCGAGUACCCGAAGUCAACAAUGAGCCCAUGCGACCCUUUGAGAAAGACUCCGCGGACCGAUCUAACCUCACCACAGCCUUGCACACCCUCCGGCAACGCGCUCCUCUGAAGAUCCCAACAGUAGUUGCGGGUCAAGAGAACUUCACAUCCCAUACAUCUACCCAACCUUAUCCAUCUUCCCACGCUGCACCUCUAGCCCACUGGUCCAACGCCUCCGCCACUGACGUCCAGACCGCAAUAUCCUCCGCCCUCGCAGCAAAGGAUGAGUGGGAAAGCCUCCCCUUCUCCGACCGGGCCGCCAUCUUCCUCAAAGCCGCCGACCUUGUGGCCGGCAAGUACAGAUACGACAUCCUCGCCGCCACAAUGCUGGGCCAGGGCAAGAACAUCUGGCAAGCCGAGAUCGACGCCGCAGCCGAGUUGUGCGACUUCCUGCGGUUUGGUGUGCAGUAUGCGCAAGACGUGUAUGCGCAUCAGCCCCAGCAUAACGCACCAGGGGUGUGGAACCGGGUCGAGUACCGACCGUUAGAAGGGUUUGUGUAUGCCAUUACGCCGUUCAAUUUCACGGCCAUUGCUGGUAACUUACCUUGUGCGCCAGCAAUGAUGGGGAAUGUUGUUGUGUGGAAGCCGAGUCCGAGCGCCAUGGCGAGCAACUGGCUCGUCUACAACAUUCUCCUUGAAGCGGGUCUCCCGAAGGAGGUGAUACAGUUCGUUCCCGGUGAUCCUGUCGAGAUUACGAAAGCGGUCCUGGCGCACAGACAGUUUGCCGCGCUGCAUUACACCGGUUCCACUGCUGUCUUCCGGUCAUUGUAUGGACAGAUCGCUUCGGGCGUCGCGGAGGGUCGGUACCAGGGUUACCCGCGUAUUGUAGGUGAGACGGGAGGCAAGAACUACCACCUUAUGCACCCCUCAGCAGACGUCGAUAAUGUGGUGAUCAACACCGUGCGAGGCGCUUUCGAGUAUCAAGGGCAGAAGUGCUCGGCGACGAGUCGGUGUUACUUUCCUUCGAGUCUGUGGGAGCAGAUCAAGCCACGGUUGGUGGAGGAGACGCAGAAGCUGAAAGUCGGUCCGCCCGAGGAGUACGAUGCUUUCGUCGGCCCGGUCAUUCACCAGCAGUCCUUCGAUAAGCUCGCCAAAGUCAUCGACGACGCGAAGAACGAUCCGGAGCUCGAGCUUCUCGUGGGCGGGUCCUACAAUGGUAGCGAAGGCUACUACGUGAACCCCACCAUCUACCUCACAACCAACCCCAAGCACAAGCUCAUGUCCCAAGAGCUGUUCGGCCCGAUCCUCUGCAUCUACGUCUACGACGACAGCACGCGCACCGCCUUCGAGGAGACGUGCACUCUCAUCGACGAGACCUCCGACUACGCCCUGACGGGUGCAGUGUUCGCUCAGGAACGGUCGGCUUUGAGGCUUGCAGAGGAGAAAUUGCGGAAUAGCGCCGGCAACUUCUAUCUCAACUGCAAGAGCACCGGCUCGAUCGUCGCUCAACAGCCGUUUGGUGGCGCGAGGGCGAGCGGGACGAACGACAAGGCCGGCAGUGCGAAUUUGAUGUCGAGGUUUGUGAGUAUGCGGAGUAUCAAGGAGCAGUUUGUGGAGGAUGAGAAGGUGUUGUAUCCCAGUAAUGCCAUCUAG